ACUAGUCACUGCACACUCAGACUGUCUUUGGUGGGGUUUUUUUUUAAUGUAUCUGACUUUAACAAAUCUGGCCAAGAGGACACCGCCAGCACAAGGACACACUUUUCAUUAUCUUGAAAGACUGAUUCAGGGACCACGUUAACAUGGAUCCUAUUGUGGAAGCGGUGGCGUUGUUUCUGGGAUUUCUGGGUUGGGUGAUGGUUGGGAUCACUCUGCCAAACCGUUACUGGAAAACCUCCACCAUCGACGGCAACGUCAUCACCACCUCCACCAUUUAUGAGAACCUAUGGAUGUCCUGCGCCACGGAUUCGACCGGCGUGCACAACUGCAGGGAAUUCCAGUCUCUGCUCGGUUUGGAUGGCUACAUACAGGCGUCUCGUGCCCUGAUGAUCGCGUCCAUCGUUUUCGGUACCUUUGGAAUCCUGUUGGCGCUGGUGGGAGUGCAGUGUUCAAAGGCCGGGGGAGAUAACCACGCUCUCAAGGGGAGAUUGGCCGGCACCGGUGGAGUACUUUUCAUCCUCCAAGGCCUGUGCACAAUGGUCUGUGUGUCCUGGUACGCCUUCAACAUUACCCAGGAUUUCUACGACCCAUUCUUUCCCGGAACAAGGUUUGAAAUAGGAGAGGGCCUCUACAUCGGCUGGUGCUCCUCCAUCCUGGCCUUCGUCAGCGGCGCCUGUCUGACGUGCUCCUGCAAAAUGGGCACGGAGGAGAAAUACCCUUUGCGAAAUCACACCAGAGGAACAGCAUAUUCUGGAGCUGCCCCAACCAGAAGUGGAGUUGGCAGUACUUACGGGCGAAAUGCCUACGUUUGAAAAGGUUACGCAAAUGGAUUCUGGUGGGGGACCAUCAACUGCUGCGUCAAGUAUCCAAAGUGAGCAUGUGGUAAAUUGUGGGGGGGAUCUGGUUUUCUUGGAUGCACGUUCAAGUAUCCGAUUCACUUGGCUACUCUGCACGGAGGAUUUAGUCCAGUUACUGGAUAUCUUUCAAGACCCUCGAUGUAUGCACUGAUGGGAGUUAACAGCACUAUUGUAUAUAAAUAUAUAAUCAAUUAUUGAUUCUGUAAAAGCUUUCUGAUCACAGUUCUGUUGUCUAGUUACUGUAUCGCUGAAUUGGUAAUUUCCACAAGGAUUUUUUUUUCUCUCCUCACUUCGCAAACACACAUUUGAUAUUGUUGUUUUUAUACAAUAACUGGAAUAUUUUCAGCACGAAACAUCGCGCCAGUCUUUUAAAAUGUUUCCAAAUAAAUGUAAUCACUUUUUCGGCUGUUGACUUACAAAACCCAGAUAUUUGAAAGGGCAAGUUCAAAAGCAGCUAAUGGUGUAAUGAUCCAAAUAUUAGAUGUAUGUACAUAUUAUUGAAAAAUGUUGAAAAACCUUGUUAUGUUCAGGUUUAGGAGGAUGAGGCUUGUUUUUUCCACUCUUAACUCGUUUAUUAAACAACUCAUUCAG